AUGUCGGCAAAGAUGGACGAAGCGAACACCUCGCAGGCAGACGAUGCAGUGAUGACCCUAGUUUACGAAGGACAUGCCACCCUCAGCUGGGGCCAGCCCCCGGAGUAUAUGGCGAAGAGUAUCGAGAAUGCCAUUGGUGACCAAAUGAGUGCCGAUUAUUACUUCAGAGGCUCCUUUGGGUCACCAUUAUCAAAGGCACUCAUCGAGUUCAUGGACUAUGAUAUGAAUGAUACUAAAGUAUGCCUUUGGAGAAAUACAUUUAUCGCUCCCUUCUUGGUGUGGACCACGGGAUGCCAGGAGAGCCCGUCGUGGUGUGCUGCGACAAGGCAACGGAUAAACCAGGGCUCUACAGGGUUGGUCCACAGGGCCACCAGCGAGGCGAGGCGAUCGUUCUAUUUCGGGCAGUCCGGAACAGGGUUAUUCUCUAUGUCUACCCCAAAUCACACAAACUGGAAAAACAUGUCUGCCGUCAACAGGCAUCACAGGGGAAGCUGA